UCUCAGGAGUGUCUGCUCAGGGUUGCUGAACCUGAACACAAAAGGAGUCCUCAAUUUUCUGGAAGUUGUUCAAUAGGAAAGAGAAAAUGCCAGAAAACUCUCUAGUCCUCUUCAGGGAUUGCAAAAGUCUUCAGAAAAAGGGUUUCAAGCUUCAAGGUGAUCAGAAAAAAGAAGACUGGUGUCGUUAUCUAGCGAUGCUUUUAUGCUCUGUGUUGCCAAAUGCUGACCUCAGAAAAGUUAUCACUGGCAAGAGAGAUAAUAUUGCAGCCACCAAAGGACAGUUUUACACAGUGCGUCUUCGCCACAUGCUAGAAAGAAAGAAGUUUUGCGUGGAUCUUUCAAUUCUUCUGGAUUUAUGUUUAGAGCGAAACACAAAGAUUACACCUUCUCCAAAAAUGCUGAUUGCUCCAGAUGGAUACAGCAGCAGAGCGGUAGAGCACGAGGCGUUCGCCUUCCUGACGGAGAAGAUCACUUCACAGUACAUUAUUGGAGGAUUACUGGGGGAGGGAGGAGAUGGGCAGGUGUAUGCGGGAAUUUGCAAAGCGAAUAAUAGACCGGUUGCUGUUAAAUAUAUCCUUAGAGAUGACUACGGGGGAAAUAUGAAAAUUCCCGGCGAGAAACGACCGAUUCCUAGAGAGGUCGGAUUAAUGAAGAUGGUGUCCAGACCAAUUCGAAGUCAGUAUGUACUGGAGCUUCUGGAAUGGUUUGACACACGGAAAUACCAUAUCUUGAUCCUGGAGCAACCGAGCCCCUGCAUGAACCUUGAAGAAUUCUGUGAACUUCACGGCGGUAAACUGCCCGAACACCUGGCUCGAGGCAUCAUGCUGCAGGUGGUUCAGGCUGCUCGUCAUUGCUGUGACUGUGGAGUGUUCCACAACGACAUCAAGCCCAAAAACAUCCUCAUCAACACACAUACGCUGCAAGUUAAAUUAAUAGACUUUGGCAAUGGCUGUUUGCUUAGCAUCAACCACAUCAAAGUUUGGCCAGGCACUCCGGGAUACAUCCCCCCUGAGUGGUAUCAUGACAAACGGGUCUUGUGCCGUCCUGUUACCGUCUGGACUUUGGGCAUUGUCCUGUUUCAACUUGUCAGCGGAGACGUGCCCUUUCUGUCAAAGGAAGAAAUUAUGUCAGGACAACUGCGCUUAGAUCCUGGCCUGUCUAAAGACUGCCGCAAACUGAUAACAUGGUGCCUGGAGAAAAAUCCUUAUUCCCGGCCAGAUUUCAGGCAAAUCCUUAAGCACAGGUGGUUAAUGGCAGGGCAGAGCAACAUCUGGAGUUUUCCUGUCCUCGGGCAUCCCGUAGCACAUCUAAUACAAUUUAUUGACAGAUGCAGAAAAGUAGAUUUUUGAAA